AUGGGUGAUCUCGGAGGAAAUCAAGCGCCGGAAAUUAACAGCGUAUUUGUGGAGACGAAUCUGCAGACUCGUCUCGUCGUUCCGGUUGUUAAAAACGAAUUCGUCUCCUCUUUCAAAGAUCGGUUUCGCGAGGAGCAUCAUGAACAUUUCACAGAAAUUGGAGAAAUCAGCAUUGAUGCGGUGAAGGUGGAACGCGGAGGUUGUUUGUAUGAAUUGUCAAAUCAAAUGAAACUGAGAGACGCUUUUGACGCCUUUAGUAGAAACUGGUUUCUAUAUGUCGAUGCUGCAAAAGUUGAGAAGGAGAAUCCUCUGGCUAUCGUUGUUGCUCAUCAAAACUGUCCGGCUGAAGGAAAUCAAGAGGUUGGAAAUGGAAUUGACUCAGCUAAGAAGACAAGAGCAGGGAAGAGGAAAGUGAAAAGCUCCGAUGGAACAAAAAGUGGAAAGAAGCAAUCUGCUAAAGUUGACAAGGAAGAUCUUCUGGCUACUGCGGUUGCUGAUAAGACAACAAUAGGGAAGAGGGAAGUAGAAAUGCUUUCUCAGUCUGCUAACGUUGAGAAAGAAGAUCAUUUGGCUACUGUGGUUGCUGAUAAAGAGUUUGGAAUUGAUUCAGUGCUUGGAGAAGCGUUGGAAACAGAGGUAGCUGUAGCUGAAACGACAAGAACAGGGAAGAGGAAAUCUAAAACCUCAGAUGGAAAGAAGAGUCGAAAGAGACGCGUGGUUGAUGAGAGUAAUGAGGUUGAAGCUGUUACUGUUGCUGCACCGAUUUCUGAAGUUUUACCGAGGAAAGAAGUAGACGAUGUUCUUACUGUAGCUCUAGGAAAAGAAAACGAGACGUGUGAGGAAGCUGUCGAAGAUGCUACUCAAACUGAUAAACUAGCGAGCCAACGAGAGAAUCAUUUGGAGAAGAAAAGUCAUAGAAAGUCCAGAAAAGCCAAAAGCCUUGUUAAAGAAGAGAGUGUUUCAGGUCUUGUUAAGAAUCUUGAACCUGUGGAAGCUGUAAAUGGAGAAGGGGCUGAUAAUGUCAUCAGGGAUGUGUUAGCUUCUUUGCAAGAAAAGAAGAAAAAUGUGGACAAGAUGGAGAAGAAAUCCAAGAAGAAACACGUUGAGAAGAUUGUGGAGGCCCAAGCUGAGGCAAACAGUGCUGAACCGGAGGUGGCUCUUCCCUUCGAAAAUGCAAAAGACACUGAUGCAUUGGUCAUGUCGCCUAAGGACGUCGCUGGUAAUAGUGAGCAUGUUCAAAUUCUAGAGGGGAAGGCUGAUAUGGGAGAUGCUUUAUGUCCUAGCCAGAAGGACGAUGUUACUGCUGAUGGGGGUGACAAGAGGCAAGAUCAUGUGAUCGAUGUAGCUCAAUCUAAAGAGGAGGAGAAGAAAGGCCUUGACAUGCAUCACGAAGGUUCCAUUAACAGCUCGGUGAGCUCAAAGAAACCGAAAGAGAAGAAGGCUAGAGGUGGCUCAGUGAAACCGAAAGAGAAGAGAUCUUCUGAUGUCACCAGUGGAGCACCAUCUAAUAGUAUAUUAGACGGUGAUGAGAGUGAUGUGAAUUCUGCGUCUAGGAAGCAAGAAAACAAUCUGUCUGCUGGUGCUGGAGGAGCAAGAAUGAGCUUGGAAGAUGUACUGAGAAGAUCAGCAAGUUACAAGAAGGCGAAACUGAGUGCUGAACAGUCUCAAGCCGAAGACAAAUUGGCUUUAGGCUAA